GUUACUGAGCAAAUAUCGAAGAUGGCGGCGUGUGUUGAGAUAGGCGGAGGCGGCCACAGUAUGGAUAAGAGCAUCACACUCCCACCAGAUGAGAUAUUUCGCAACCUGGAGAACGCGAAGAGGUUCGCAAUAGACAUAGGGGGAUCUUUGACAAAACUUGCAUAUUUUUCAACAGUUCAACAUAAAGUAGCCAAAGUCCGGUCUUUUGACCACACUGGAAAGGAGACGGAGGACGAGCCCCUCUAUGAGGUCUCUGUGCAGGAGGAGAUCACGGCCCGCCUCCACUUCAUCAAGUUUGAGAACGCCUACAUCGAGACCUGCCUGGACUUCGUCAAAGACCACCUGGUCAACACCGAGACCAAGGUCAUCAAAGCCACCGGGGGCGGAGCCCACAAAUUCAAAGACCUGCUUGAAAAGAAGCUCAAACUGAAAGUUGACAAGGAGGACGAGAUGACCUGUCUCAUUAAAGGCUGUAACUUCGUACUCAGGAACAUCCCCCACGAAGCGUUUGUGUACGUGAAGCACGCGGAGCCGGAGUUCCGGUUCCAGACCACGCACCCUGACAUCUUCCCUUACCUGCUCGUCAGCAUCGGCUCCGGGGUCUCCAUCGUGAAGGUAGAAUCGGAAGACAAGUUUGAGCGAAUUGGGGGAAGUUCCAUUGGAGGCGGUACGUUUUGGGGUCUAGGAGCUUUACUGACUAAAACAAAGAGGUUCGAUGAGCUGCUGCAGCUCGCCUCCAGGGGGCAGCACACCAACGUUGACAUGCUGGUGAAGGACAUCUAUGGGGGAGCCUACGAGAGUCUGGGAUUGACCGGGGAUCUGAUAGCGAGCAGCUUCGGCAAGUCUGCCACCGCGGAUAAAGAGUUUUCCAAAGAAGACAUGGCAAAGAGCUUACUGCACAUGAUCAGCAAUGAUAUCGGCCAGCUGGCCUGUCUCUACGCUAAACUGCACAACCUGAGCCGAGUUUAUUUCGGGGGGUUCUUUAUCCGGGGGCACCCCGUUACAAUGCACACAAUCACCUACAGCAUCAACUUCUUCACCAAGGGAGAAGUCCAGGCUUUGUUUCUCAGGCAUGAAGGCUAUCUGGGAUCAAUAGGAGCAUUUUUAAAGGGAGCGGAGGAGGACAAUCCGAACCAGUACAGCUGGGGGGAGAACUACGCUGGCAGCUCGGGCUUGAUGAGCAUUUCCCCGGACAUGUUCCCCAUGCAGCGCACCCGCAGUGGAACGUUUGACAUGCUUGAGAUGGACCGGUUGGAGCGGGAGCUGGUGAACCUGCCCUUGUUGCUCGACUCCUCGUCCUACAUUCCUGACACCGUGGACCUGACUGAGGAUGCCCUGGCCCGCGAGUACUGGCUGUCCUGCUUCGAGGAGGCCCUGGACGGGGUGGUGAAACGCGCUGUCGCCAGCCAGCCUGACCUGCAGGACGCCAGGGAGCGAGCUGAGAAAUUCCGUCACAAAUAUCGGCACAAGCUACAGACUCUGAGGCAUCAGCCCUGUGCCUACGGGUCCCUGACAGUAAGAAGCUUGUUAGACACCAGAGAACACUGUCUGAAUGAGUUCAACUUUCCAGACCCUUAUUCACAGAUUAAACAGAGAGAGAACGACCUGGCGCUCAGGUACUUUCAGAAGGUAGUGUCGUCCAUGGAGAUGCUCAGCUGGGAGGACCGUCAGUUUGCCCUGGUGAAGGGGCUGCUAGCCGGGAAUAUGUUUGACUGGGGAGCGAAGGCCGUCUCUGACGUGCUUGAGACUGAUCCAACGUUCGGGUUUGAUGAAGCUAAACGACAGUUACAAGAACGUCCUUGGCUGGUGGAUUCGUACAGCAAGUGGAUUGAGAGGUUAAAGGGUCCUCCUCACAAAUGUGCCUUGUUUUUCAUAGAUAAUAGUGGAAUAGACAUCAUUCUGGGAGUGUUUCCCCUUGUCAGGGAGCUUCUGUGCAGGGGCACCGAGGUUGUGUUAGCCAGUAACUCGGGGCCGGCUCUGAAUGACGUCACCUAUAACGAGCUCCAGAUCCUCACGGAAAAGAUAGCAGCAAUGGACUCGGUCAUACAUUCUGGGAUCACAAAGGACAGGUUGAUUUUGGUUCAAAGUGGCUCCAGCUCUCCGUGUUUAGAUUUGAGCCGUCUGGACAAAGGCUUGGCCACUGUGGUGAAUGAGCGGCACACUGACCUGGUGGUCAUCGAGGGAAUGGGCCGUGCCAUCCACACCAAUUACUACGCAGUGCUGCGCUGCGAGAGCCUCAAACUGGCCGUCAUCAAGAACUCCUGGCUGGCUGAGCGACUGGGAGGGAAGAUCUACAGCGUGGUGUUCAAAUAUGAGCAGCCCCGCGAAUAACACGCCAGCGCGAGACCGCACUGGGUGGGGGCAGGGGGGGGAGACUUUAAAAACAGCACCAACUGUACUGCAAUUUUUAUUGUUUCAUAGAUCUGUUUGUUUUUGGGGGGGGGUAUGGUGCAAAAAUCCGGCUUCCGCAAGUUGAAAUCAAUAAUUGGACGGCUUUAGUGAACGGAUCUCAAAAUAAUGUAGAAAUUGAUUUGCCCCAGAAUGGUACAAAAUGAUCUGUGCUCUGUCUCCUAGGUGUGUUGCACACUUAGCGACUGCAGCCAUUUCCUGUUCUGAAAUGGGUGUUGGGUUUGUGGUGUUGCUCUGAAUAUAAUCCCACCUUCAUCUUUCUGGCCAGUGCUGGACAAAAAAUGGUCCCGCUUGUACUGCCAAACUUUAGCAAUGGCAGUGUCCCUCCACUGUAGCCCUGGGACUGCAUCUCUCUCCUUGCGGUGUUGGAAACGAGGUUCCCAUUGCACAGUUACUGCACUCAGUCCAGGUUGUACUUUGGAUUGGAUUGGAAGACCUCUUUUCUGAAUGUAGCAUGCACAGCGGUCCCUGGUAAAACAUGGACUGGCUCCCACUGCUGCGCAAUGAGACUCCAGUUCUUCAGCGUCUAGUAAAUGCCUCUCAGCAUUAAUGCCUCGUAACAACACUGUAAAUGAGAAGGCAGGGCUGGAUCUGUAGCUGGCUCACCAGGUUUUUAAGAUAAAAUGAAGCGUUGAUGAGUUACAAGAACCAUUACUGUGCUUAAUUGGUAGUGAAGGUUAAUUAAACCCUGGGAGUUUUUUUUUUUUUUAAACACAUUCUGUCUCCAGUUACCAAAGAUGAUGCUCUUUAAGUCUAACCAGUGGAGAGUUCCCAUAGCGUGCUGAACCAAGUCCUCUCCAGCAAAUUCACAAUGUUCACUUCUCAGUGUGGCCACCAGGUGUCAGUGUUUGUGCACUCGUUUCCUGCAGGUGGUCUUCACCUUUCCCAAGCUGUGUGUUUCUUUGCAAGCCCUGGCUGCCUCACUGAGUGAGCGCUGCCAUUUAAAGCCUGACUUAUAUAGAUGUUUUUUUUUUUUUUUUUAUUAUCUGCAUUUGUUCACAUUCUGACAGCAGCAUUUGUUUCUGCAGGGAUUUUUAGUUCUUUUUUUUUUCUCCCGACUGACAGCUUAUUGGUGCUUACCGCACGUGUCAGGAAUAAGGCUGCUUGCUUUUAAGUACAAGUCUUUUUGUGUGUGUGUGUGUCGCUGCAUCACUAUGUAAACGUGAGCAUCUUUUUACCUUUUAAAAAGACAAACAACCAAAACUGCACUUCUGUCUUGGACAUGAAUCGCCACUCUCUGUAAUCAGAUUCACGUGUUUGUUUGGCAUCUCCGUUGAGGGCUGUUCACAAGUAUUGAUGCAUCAGCCGGUCACUUCGCUACGUUACCGCAUUGCGCGAUUUUCACAGGUUGUGUUUUAAACAGUGUUGUUAAAUGUGGAAUCAUCGAAUGUUUGAUUUUGCACAGCGCAGGAAUAUCAUUUCUACAGUGAUCAGCAGAGUGAGCUACAGCGUGUACAUUAGCCAGCUGCCACAAUGAAAGCAAUAGUAUGUUACUUUAUAUAGAGAGUUUCCCCGGGUAUAACGGUGUCCGUCUGCCUUUGGGGGAGGCUCAGGAUAUAUAUUGAAAUGUAUGCAUAGUGUAUGUAUCUAUGUGUGUACAUAUAUGUGUUUGAUUCAUUUAUCUUGAGAAAUCUUUAUUUUUAAGCUAUCCAGUGUUUGUGGAAAAUUAAAUUGAAUAUUUGUUCUUUGACAAUCACAUGUAUUUAAAUGUCAAAUAUAUUUUUAAAUGUUGUCACUGAAAAAAGAGAACGAUUGUCCUUGUAAAUUAUUAACCCACUUCUGUGGAAUAAAGAUUAUACAGCGAGCGGAAUUCACAAAGUCUUAGGGAAUAUUUUGUAAGGGAUAUAUAUAUUUACACUCAUUUUUAAAGCUUUUUAACCUCAAAGCAUGUUUAUAAUCUUAUAAAAUCUCUUCAUAGCUUGGUGGAUAGAGGUGGAUGAUUGCGAGGGGGGGAGAUAUAGAUGCCUGGAAGGGUUGCAUUAAAAGAGAGCAAAGAUAACAGUCUUGUUUCUUUCUAUCUGUGGCAGCCAAACUACAGACCCCUAAAAAAAAAAAAAAAAUGACACCUGGGAUUGUCUUUUGAGACGCUGUCUCACUUGACUGCCAGUCUUACAGCUUAGAAACAGACAUCCCCUGGUCUCUCACUGAGCACCCACGCAGGUAUAGGGGUGUCCUCCUGUGAGUGGAAGUUUGAUUUGAAUAUCCCCAGAAACUAGGGAAGGAACACAGGUAACAAGCGUCUGAGAAGCAUUGUGCUUUCAGGAUUCCAUUCUGGAACCCAUUAUUUAUAGAACCCUGUUAAUAGAACCUUUCGUAAUGAUGCUGUUGAGAUUUAUAAUCGAAUUUACAAAUGCUCCUUUGAGUAAGGGGGCCGGCAGCAGCAGUUUUUCAAAUGAUCAAAUAAUAACACGGCCUCCAAACAUAACAGAGAGUAAUUAACUCAAAGCUGCAGCGAGCAAACUCUCUCUGCGGUUUGCCUCAGCCUUAUUGUUUAAAUGAAGAUUAAUGGAGGCAUAUGACUUUAGCUUUUAAUGUAUUUGUGAUUUAUGUGUUUACGCAGGGACUUGUAAUGCGGUAAAUGAUUCUGCCUCAUAUUGCAAAGUUGCCAUUUGACUUUAUAAUCACUCGUGCAUUGUAACUUAAUAAUGGGGUUAAACACUUUACAAAGAGAACAGCGCAAGCAAAUUUAAAAUCAGCAAAGCAGCCAAAUAAAGGCUGCUUGAUUUGAAUUGUGCUUUGUCUUUUUUCUGUUGUCUGCAGCGUUCUGAAUAACCCUUCAUUAAAACCUUGGAGCCUU